UGCAAAGAUGGGGACCCUCCAGCGCCAGACAACUCUGUCUAAGCAGACAUCUGCCGUUUUCCAGAUGACUCUGGAUCAGCUGCAGCAGUCAGUGGGCUCUGGGAAACCCUUUGGCAGCAUGAAUAUGGAGGAUUUUCUGGCGGCUGUGUGGGACAGAGAUGCUGGAGGUGUCCCACCUCCAUCAGAGGCAGGGUACAACCUGCCUGAGGAAGUGCCAGCAUUCCAGCCCCAGGCCCCUGCAGCGCUGCACCCAGACUACAGCGGCAAGACUGUGGAGGAGGUGUGGAACUCGAUCCACAAGAGCAACGGCAACAAUGAGGGGCAGCAGCAGGGAGUUUUGCCAGGGUUUCAGACUGUGACACUGGGCAGCUUCCUGGAGAGGGUGGGCGUGGACUUCCCCUCCAUGGACCUCCAGCAGGAUGGCCUGCUUCCCCCUGCACCAGAGCUGCAGGUCCACACCUUCUAUCCCCAGGUAGAUGCAGCUGUUCACAUCACUCAGAGCGCGCCGAUGCGCGUGAAGAAGGACCUGGGCCUGCCCUACAUCAGCCAGCAGUUCGACCCUGUCAUCCAGCCGCGGGCAAGCAGGCGCGGCGGACGGCCCCCCUUCCAGGAGCAGGAAGAGGCUGGCAGGAGCCCAAGUAUAGUGGAGGGUAGGCCUUGGCCGCUGGCAAGGCCUCCAAGUCCACCCAUCUCCAUGCCGCAGACCCCCUCACACAGCCCCUCCAGCCAGCCGGAAAAGAACGGUCCCAUGUCAGGCCCCUCCAGCAUGCCCAUCGAUUUCCCGCCCUCCACCAGUGCGCCCGGCACAUCACAACAGGGCGGGCGCACGGCAAUGGCGCAGCAGAGUUUGGGGAUGCCGCCGCUGCCGCUGCAGCAGCCGACGUCGAAGCAGUCGCCGGGGGCGGCCGCGCGCGCGGCGCGGCAGCGCAAGCGGAAGGCCGAGCCGGAGGUCAUGGACGAGCGCACACAGCGCCUGCAGAAGCGCAUGGUCAAGAACAGGGAGAGUGCAGCUCGAUCCAGGCAAAGGAAGCAGGAGUACACAGCCACACUGGAGCAGCAGGUGGACGAGCUGAAGCAGCAGAACAGGGAGCUGCUAGAGCGAGUCAUCGCGCACUGUCAGCCGCCACCUGCCGCGCAUGUGCCCACGCUCGAGGGCCAGCCUCUGAGGCGCACUCGCACAACUCCCCUGUGA